AUGGCCACACUCAAGGUCCAGCCUGAAGCCCAAGCCAAGGUGGAUGUGUUCCGUGAAGACCUGUCUACCAAGACAGAGAACCUGCUUGGGAGCUAUUUCCCCAAGAAGAUUUCUGAAUUGGAUGCAUUUUUAAAGGAGCCAGCCCUUAAUGACGCCAACCUGAGCAAUCUGAAGGCUCCAUUGGACAUCCCAGUGCCUGAUCCAGUCAAGGAGAAAGAGAAGGAGGAGCGGAAGAAACAGCAGGAGAAGGAAGACAAAGAUGAAAAGAAGAAAGGGGAAGAUGAAGACAAAGGUCCUCCCUGUGGCCCAGUAAAUUGCAACGAGAAGAUUGUGGACCUCUUGCAGCGCCUGAAACCUGAAAUCAAAGAUGUCAUUGAGCAACUCAACCUGGUCACCACCUGGUUGCAGCUGCAGAUACCUCGGAUUGAAGAUGGGAACAACUUCGGAGUGGCUGUGCAACUGGAAGGCUUCCACACUCAGAUCUCCAAGUAUUUCUCUGAGCGGGGCGAUGCAGUGACCAAAGCAGCCAAGCAACCCCAUGUGGGUGAUUAUCGGCAGCUGGUGCAUGAGCUGGAUGAGGCAGAGUACCGGGACAUUCGACUGAUGGUCAUGGAGAUCCGUAAUGCUUAUGCUGUGCUAUAUGAUAUCAUCCUGAAGAACUUCGAAAAGCUUAAGAAGCCCAGGGGAGAAACGAAGGGAAUGAUCUAUUGAGGGCCUCCACUCUCAUUUUGUGAUGGGUAGAGCAGACCCUCCUACCUUUCAUCAGGGAUUCCAGACCUUCCCCCCAAAUUUCUCUCCUGUUGAGGUUUCUCUCUCACCUUGCCAUCCACGCACAAUAAAUAUAGUCAUACCAUUGCCCGUCA